GCGAGCAAGCGGAUGAAAGCGGCUCUCCUAAAGAUUAGUGAAUAUCCGCGGUGACACGCUCCAAUGACCCGCUCGCGGCAGAUGACGCAGUGCGUCUUCCUCGUUCUCGUUUUGCCAAUGAUUUUGUCACACGUGCUGCUGGGUGCUGACGCUAUUAAUGAUGAUGACUUGGUGGUGUCUUCCGGCAAUGUCACAAAUACAACAUCAUCAUUAUCAUCUCCUGUUACUCCCUCUUGCGUCAUCCGGGCGACGCUCUAUGUGACGCCUGCGCUAGCCCGGAGUAGUGGUGACUUUGGCCUGCCCCUGGACAUAGAUUGCAGUGGAAACUUUAGCCAGGAGCUGAGUCCCUUUGAUUUGGGAGCCCAGAGGGUGGCAGGGAAGAGGCAUGUCCUUCUCGAUGGCUCACAGACACCGCCGCUGGGAGUAGCUAGCUAUGGCUUGGAGUAUUUGGAUAAUUGCGUGGAUCUGGAGAGUCUUGAAAUCUAUAAAUUUGUGGGUGAUGAGACCCUGAAACUGAGCUGUGGAGGAGCACAGCUGCCCAAUCUCACAGCUGUUAGUUUCAAGGAUAAUGAAUUGGGUGCUUUGAGAGCUGAGACCUUUCAGGAUUUGCCACAACUGAAAAGACUUGAACUAAGGAAGAACUCUUUAAAAUUUCUAGAGAUCCUGGAAGGUGGCCAGAAUCUACAGGAGCUCAUCAUACAAGAUGAAAGGGAUUUGUUGCUUAAAGAUAAUGACUUCCUUCGAGAGCUAACUGAAUUAAGGAAAUUGCAUUUGAAAAAUAUAAAAAAUAUAGAAGAUCAAUUUUUUAAUUUUUUGCCUGAAAAUCUAACAGAGCUUCUGGUAGAAAACACACCCAUUCAACCAGGAGACUUGCUCUUAACCCAAGGCAUAUCCCACCUAGUCAAUGUCAGCCUCACCAACUGCCAGCUAAGGAGUUUCUCCCUGGAACCACCAAGAAAUCUGGAAAUUACCCACCUCAACCUGAGCCAGAAUGCCUUAAAGUUCCUGAGAUUAAGCUUUCUGGAUGGACCAAGCUCUCUGAAAAGUCUAGAUCUUAGCAAGAAUCAAUUAAAAAACUUGGACAUCAAGUGGUUUUCUAGGAUGACCAGUCUUGAGAGGAUUUUCCUGCAGGAUAAUCACUUUGUCACCCUGUCCCUCCUCCAAUUGCUUACCAGAAUUGCACCUGUGACUCUCUACCACCUGGAUUUGAGAUCCAACGAGUUGAUGAGCCUCAAGGAAGGGGAAAGAACCAACGCUGCCUAUUGGAAUCCCCAACUACGACUUCUGAUCGAUGGCAAUCCUUGGAGCUGCCAGUGGCUAUUGAAUUUUUCACACACUCAACCGCAGCUUUUCCGGCUUUUCCAAUAUUCCAAAUACAUUUCCCACAUCAAUGUGAAUGGCCUGAGUUGCCUGCCUCAAGAAGCGCCCACGGAGCCACCAGCCAAGCUGCAAAGGAUUAUGCAGGUUGUAAUCAAUGGUUCAGAGGCCUCUGGAGCUCCUGUUCCCGUGAUACAUCCUCCAGGAAAUGUGUCCAGCUUUACUGUGCUGUAUGGCAAUCCCGUGCAACUCCAUAGAAGUCAGCGUCAAGGAGCCCUGAUUAUUGUCUUCAUGCUGCCCCUGGGCAUUGCCCUGCUCUUCCUCCUAUUGUACUUGUACCUCCACUGCGAGCGACUCUUCCAUUUGUCCUACUACGUCUCGGGUUUGCCCUGCUUUGGUGGCGGAGAAAAGACCUCUUCCCGGUUUGUGGAUCAUGUGGAUAUUGUCAGAUAUCCCAUAGGUAAUGGCUCUUCCCCAGUGGAUCUGGAAGCGGAUCCUUUGCCCGAUGGCUAUGAGACGCCUGUGAGUGGGGCUGCCUCCAUUUGCAAUUGCACGGGUAAUCACAGGGAGAGUGCUUGUUCGAGGACCCACCAUGUCACCUACGAGGCCUUGCCAGCCGAGCUGCCUUAUCAACUGUAUGCGGAGAUCAAGGAGGAUCAGGAUCAGGAGGAGACGGAAGAGAUGCUGGGAGCGAAACCAACGGCUCCCAUAUACGAUCAUCUGUCUUUUGAGGAGGAAGUAAUGCCUAAGGAGAAGCAGGAAGAGACGAGGGAGAUUUCUUAAGCCUUAUAAAAAAUACACUGU